AGAAGCGCGCCAGAGGGCAGAAGCCAGGCAGAGAGCCGAAGUUGAGCAGCAGGCACUGGAGAAGAGUCGCGCCGAACAGGAGGCGCGCGUGCAGCAGGAAACGGAGCGUCGCAAUGCGGAGCGGCGCGCUGCUGGCGUUGCCGCUGGCCAAGGCAUGACUGCCGAUGGCCAGCACCCCAUCAACCCUUCACACAUGGGCCAUACCGCCCUGGACCCGUCACAUCCUCCGCGAGCUGCCGUCGCGCCCAACCAGGCCCUACCGUCCCAGCAGCGCCCGCCGCAGAUGGCUGGCAAUCAGCAGCAACACCACACCCCUCCUCAGGCGUUCCCGGCCGGAAACCCAGCGGCGCAACAGCACGGAGACGCGGCUGUCGACCCGACCAAGCCGCGCAACUCGUUUCCCCACGCGUUUGAGCGGUGGGAGACGCUAUCUGCCCACUGGGAGGGACUGACGAGCUACUGGAUCCGCAAGCUCGAGCAGAACAAGGAUGACAUUAACCGCGACCCCCUGAGCCAGCAGCUGGCGCGGCAGGUUACGGACCUGUCCGCCGCUGGCGCCAACCUCUUCCACGCCGUCGUCGAGCUGCAACGUCUGCGCGCCAGCUCCGAGAGGAAGUUUCAGCGGUGGUUCUUCGAGACCCGGUCCGAGCUGGAGCGUGCCCAUGAGGUGAAUGCCAUGCUGGAGGCGGCACUCGAUAAGGAGAGGAGGGAGCGCGAGCAAGCCAUUCGCGAAGCCAUCGACCACGAGCGCGGCGUAUCCAAGACGCAAAAGCAGCUCGCCGAGAUGAGAAAGGAGCUCGCCAUUUCCAAGGAGGAAGCGCGCCGGGCAUGGGAGGAGCUCGGGCGGCGCGAGCAGGAGGAGCGCGACAGGACCCUGUCGCUCCAGUCAGGCCAUCCCACUGUCGUGGGCGGAGUCCAGGUGGUGCCCAUGACCCAGGGCGGCGGCCCCAGCCGACACAGCAGCACCAGGGAGCACGGAGGCUACCAGUCCGAUUACCAGCGGCCGGCGUAUUCCAUCGAGCAGGCCGCCCAGGGCCGUGGACAGACCACCGCGGGAAGCAGCAGCUCCGGACAGGGACAAUACCAAUCUGGCCACCAGGAAGAUCCGAGCCGACGCGCAGGCGCUGGCUCCGAGGGCGGUUACAGCGAAGGUGAGUACCUUAUCGAUGCGCAGGGGAACUUCAUCCUCGACGGGGACGGCCGCAAGAUCCCCUUCGCUGCACCGCCCUCCACGUACACAGGUUCUGAUUUGGAUCCAGAAGACUACGACACCCCGGCCACGACAAA